CCUCAUCCUCCCUUCCGUUCUCUACCGGUCUCCAACCAUGGCGAGGAUGGUCCCUCCCAUCACAAUCACGGCAGACGACGUCAACUGCCUCAUACAUGCGUACUUUGAGGACUCAGGCUUCCAACACAGUGCAUUCGUUCUUCGCGCAGAGGCUCAAAUGAGCGCCUCCCCAAAUCUUGGUAAACACGUACCUCGCGGUGAACUUGUAGAACUUCUCAGCAAGGCGCUAUUGUACGCCGAAGUAGAGGCUCAUUGGAAGGACAGCAACUUGACCGCAAACUGCAGAAGGCCAUUCUCUCUGCUUGAGCGCCACACCUGCUCAGCCGACCCCAAUGCUGCUGGGCCGAAUGAUCCUGAUCAGGUCAACCAUGCUAUCGAAGUUGACCAACACGCCGUCCAGCCUCAUAUAAACGGCGCGAUCGGCAUGAACGGCACAGCUGAUUCUGUAGCAAAACGCAAAGCUAGUACACCCUCCGUCGAUGAAGCGCCCAAAGAGAAACGCGCUCGAACUGUCCCUCCAAACGACAACAUGCAAGUUGAUAGCAUCGCACAGUCAUCGGUAGAGCCACAACAGGCCCAGAACGAUGCCACAUCUUCCGCGCCUUCCGCGCCCGCCGAAUCGAAGAAACCAUCAAGACCGAAACGACAAUGUGGCCCUGCGGACGACGUCACACCUCCGAAUGUCGUAAGUUUGUUGAAGGGCCAUAAGACUGAGGUUUUCGUGUGUGCUUGGAAUCCUACAAAAAAGAACACAUUGGCAUCGGGAUCAAGAGAUACUGUUGUACAUCUAUGGAAUGUACCUGAUUCUAAGCCACCGGCUUCACCAGUGCCGCCGAAGAUUGGUCCUCCGAUGACACUGUCAUGUCCCUCACAAUCCGAACAAGGCGAUCUUACUUCACUCGACUGGACGCAAGACGGGUCGCUACUGGCGAUCGGUUCAUACGAUGCUAUUCUCCGUGUUUGCUCCACGAGCGGCGAACUGUACUUCUCACAUACACAACAUGAGGGACCCAUAUUCGCUACGCGUUUCUCCAAGUCUGGUCGCUGGCUCCUAACCGCGAGCUUGGACGGUACAGUAUGUGUCUGGGACAUCCACGAGAAGAAGCUGCAUAAGCAGUUCCAGUGUCAUAAAGACUGUUGCCUAGAUGUCGACUGGCUCACCGAUGAUAUCUUCGCAAGUUGCGGCGCCGACGGCAAAAUCCAGAUUAUGAGCCUGGCUCAUGCAAGACCUCCAAAGACAUUCAUCGGCCAUACGACGGAAGUGAACCAGAUCAAAUGCAGUCCUACAAGAUCAAGAAUUGCAUCAUGUUCGGACGAUCGCACCGCACGGAUAUGGAACAUCGAGGAUAUCGUGUACAACCGUCCACCCAAUGACGACGUGGUCGUGCUGAGAGGCCACUCGGAUACAGUCAGCUCUAUCGCGUGGUCUCCGGUCGUUUCGGAGGGCGAGCAUGAAAUUCUGGCAUCCUCGUCAUUCGACGGCACAUCUCGCUUGUGGGACAGUGUCACCGGCGAAUGCUUGCGCGUCUUCCAGGAUCACAAACGGCAUGUCUAUGCACUCGCGUUCAGUCCGGACGCACGCUUCUUUGCCACCGGCGGCGCCGAUGGCUGGUUACAUGUCUACGAUGUCAAGGCCCGUCAGAAGCGCUGGUCGUGGUACGCCGGCUCAGAGAAACCUGGUAUCUUCGAGAUCGACUGGCAGCAAUCUGGAAACAUCAACCGCAUGGCGCUAGCCCUAGAGUCGAACCAAGUCGGCGUGGUCGACGUUACACGGGUACCCCUCCUUCAAUAACUGUACUAUGCACGUAUGAUCAUCUGUUCGGGACCGCGUCGUCAUAUACUGUAUCACUCUUGUAGUCAGCAUUCUUGCGAUACCUGCAUGCAAUAUUUAUUCUGCUAUUUACUGCGGAGAAGUGGUGGAAACGGUUG